UCGCCAGUAGCGUAGUGGUAGCCGCAGCCGAACGACGUGAAUUUGUGUGUGGACGCGACUUAGCAGCACGAGCCGAAAUCGAAACAUGGCUACCAAGACGCAAGAGGCGGGACCAGCGCCAAUAAACAACAUGCAUCCAGUAUAAUUUCAUAUGUAUGUAUGUAUCGUGUAGCAGAUAAUGUAAUUCUUAUUGUAUAGGAUAGGUUUGCACUAUUGCAAUAAUACAUAAUUGUGACUUGGACAUUCUACGUACUCUGUGUGCUGCUGGGACAUACCUACCUACCUACUUAAGGAAGAGACUGGUGCAUUCGUCGUACGACCCAAAAGAGUCUCUCAAACGUGAUCGUGGUAUUCUCUGAUUCGAAUUUUUGUGAAUGUGAAGUGAACGUAGAAUUUGUUUAGAGUAGUAUUGGUGUAGCGUGCGUUGUUAAAGUAAACUGCAGUAAUUUGUUCAGUUUAUAGUACUCUCUUUGGUGGCAUGUGAUGUAAUUUUUAUUCACUCUCGGGCUCGUUCAUCUCGUACAUCGUAAACUGGCAUGCUCGGUUAUAUAGUGUUCGUGCUCUGCUAUUCGCUCUUUCAUCAAUCCACCAAAUACCUAUUGUGAAUUGGCUGCUGGAUCCAGGAUACCCUACUCGAGCUUCGUAAGCUACUCAUUCAUCAACUUAUAUACCUACCAAACCUACCUACUCUACCUUUUCUCGAAAAAGAUACCUGAAAUGUAUUCAGUUCAACUUUAGCACGAAUUUAAACGCGAUUGGCGCUAGUCAGUGACCCACUCGACCAAUUUAUUUCUCAAAUUAUGGACAAUCGGAUGCAUUUUUCGCAAAUUCGGGACAUUUUGAAAACUUUGGACAUUCGACUGGUUUUCUACAGGAAUUUUCAAAUAACUCCAGACCGACUAGAUACGACGAGUAUUAACUUGAUCCAGGAAAUUUGGUGCUGCGAAUUCGCUUCAUCCAGUCUUGGAAACUUGGUCGUCUUUUAAGGAACAGCAAAUUCAAAUCGGUAGACCAACUCAGCUUCAUCUCUCAGACUAGGAUGUGACCAUGAUCGUCUAAUGAGAAUAAAUGAUUGGAUACGAUCUCCUAGACUCAUAAGUGCAUACCAUAUUCCAGUCUACUCAGCUUAAAAAGAUCAAAAUCAUUGAACUCUACAAGCACCGACGAACCAUAAUACCCGAGUACGGGUAGUUGCAAUCCCAGCAGCCAUAAGCUUCGUUGCAUUGUAUUCAAUUAUAUAGUGAGUCAUCGAAUUGUACUCGUACAUAUAUACGGAGCGGAAUUAAAUGGACGCGAUCAUGUAGCAGCGUCAUGAUUAAAGUACUUGCUAUUAGGCAUCUUCGUAGUGCUGUCUAGACAUUUAGUCGUCCUACGAACUCUCGUCCGUCAGUUCAUAAACAGCAGCGGAGACGACGACUGCGGUAGCUGCAGUAGUGCUAAUUACAAGAAUGACUUCGAAUCUAAAACGAUUGCCUUCUUUUACUGUAGCUGUUGUAAUCGUGAUCGCGAUAGCCUUAUUUUUAAUUGUUUCCUUUCCCAUCGGUCUGAAAGUGUUUUCGUCUUCGAGUGAUAAAUUCGAUACCACUUCUGCACAGCAGCCGUCGUCGUUGCAAGUCAAAGAUGGAAAUUGGACGUUUCAUAGUGAGAACGCCUUUUCGUCCAAAUUUGAAAACGCUUGGCAAGCCAAUUCUAAUUCCAUCAUAUAUCCGAACGAUACUCGCAGGCAGUUCAUUCGUCCCAUCAAGGUGACGCCUGUUUGGCCCGCGAAUCUGGAAGAAAAUGUGUUAUCCGAAAAGGAAGGAAGCAACCUACGGUCUCAACAUUCAGGAAACUUUCGACGAAAUAAAGCCAGACUAUGGGAUCCGCAUCCGGAAUACGAGUUCCAUGCUUUUGGUCAACUGUUUCAUUUGAUGUUGGAACACGAUUCAGGAUUUGCCCAUCCUUCUUUAAAGGUGAUAGUUUUCUCUAAAAAUUCCACCACUCAACGCGAACCCAAUGUGAAUCCACGUGGAUGUUAUUAUUCAGGCACCUUACGAAAUCAAUCAAAUUCCAAAGUUGUUGUAAGCUUGUGCAAUGGAAUGACCGGCCACAUAAGAUCUGAUAACGGUAGUUACUUUGUCGAACCAGCUGAGCCAUUCAAUGAGAAUAUGGACACUAUUCUACACACAUUAUUCCAACUCGAUCCCGAUUCUGAUGCUGAUGAUUCGCAUUAUUCAGCUAGUUCAAUGUACAACGAAACACAUGCGCAAUGCGCACUGAUAGAAAAUUACACAGAACCUAUCAUUCCUCACAAUAACGCCUCACCUCGUACCGAAGAUGGUGAUAACGAAGGAGAUGACGAUGAUGAUGAUGACGACAAUGACGACAAUGAUGAGGAAGAAGAAAAUGACAGCUUUACAAGUUCCAAUCAGCUAGGAGAGGUUACGACCGCGACGCAGCCAGAACCUGUGUUCAGGAGAAGGAAAAAACGAUCUGUUGCUGCGGAAUCUGUGGAGAAUAUUGUAGAAUUGAUGGUCGCCAUUGAUUAUGAAAUGGUUCGAUUUCACGGUCCAGGAUCACAUAAUUAUGUAUUAACGCUAAUGGGAAUUGUGAAUAAAAUUUUCAAAGACAAAAGCAUAGGCAACCGACUCCAUAUAACGGUAGUGAACAUAAUCGAAUUAUCUGAUCGAGAUGUAACUUUGUCAUCGAAUAGACGGACAGCCGAGCCAGGAACAUUGAACGAUACAUUUAAUGAUUUCUGCCAAUGGCAGCAUUCCCAAUACGUCAGUGACGAUCUCAGUCCGAAUCAUUACGAUUGUGCAUUACAUCUCACUAGACAAAAUUUAAAAUGCGAAAUGGAAAGCGGUAAAUGCAUCCACAAAUUGGGAUUGGCAGAUAAGGGAAUGAUGUGCAGGUCAAGAUGCUGCGCUGUUGUUCGAGAUAACGGAUUGACUACUGCUUUUACUAUCGCUCAUGAAUUAGGACACACAUUCAACAUGCCACAUGACUCAGAUAGAUUGUGCACUCCUUACAUUCCAAAUGGCACUGUAACGAGAGUUAUGAGCACGCAGUUGGGUUCCAAUACUCAUCCAUGGAAAUGGUCUGCUUGCAGUAGGCAUUUUCUGACCGAAUUUUUAGAAACUGGAAAUGGUUUUUGCCUUCAUGAUGAUCCGUUCAGUGAUUAUUUGCAAGAUUAUCCAACACACGCGCAGCAGUUACCUGGUGAAACGUAUAGCAAAGAUAAGCAAUGCGAAGUAACUUGGGGAAAGGGUUUUAGAAGCGACAUGAACAAAACCAACUGUAGCAUGUUAUGGUGUUGCGAGAUGAAUAAUAUACGCGGCUGUAUUUCAAUCGGCAUGCCUCCGGCCGAAGGUACACCUUGUGGUGAUUCACAUUGGUGCCAACAAGGAGAAUGCGUACCGGUAAAUCGCGAAGCUUUAAAACCUGUAGACGGAGGAUGGGGUCCAUGGCAGCCAUUUGGAGAAUGUUCUCGAUCAUGCGGAGGCGGAAUUAAACACGCGUAUCGAAACUGCGACUCACCAUCGCCUAAGAAUGGUGGCAAAUUCUGUUUAGGCAGAAGGGUAAAUUAUCAAUCGUGUAAUAUCAAAGAGUGUCCCAUUGGAACGAUGGAUUUUAGAGCUGAGCAGUGCGCCAAACAUAAUGGGAAUGCCUUUGGUCUGAAUUAUUUACCCAGGGACGUUCGUUGGGUGCCGUAUCAUUAUUCAUCGCCAGAAAGAAAGAACGCAGUCUGCCAGUCUCUAUAUUGCCGAGCAGAAGGCACGGGGCAUUAUUACGAUUUGCAAAAUAAAGUAAUCGACGGUACGACUUGCGGCACAAAUACUUACGACAUGUGUGUCAAUGGAAUUUGCACAAAAGCCGGCUGUGAUCAUGUUUUGAACUCGAAUGGCGUUCUAGAUAGUUGCGGUGUUUGCGGAGGUGAUAACAGCACUUGUAAGAAAGUAUAUAAAAAUUAUGCUCCAUCACGCAUCAAGUUUGGCUACAAUUAUGUUGCCAUUAUACCAGCUGGUGCUUCAAAUAUCAACAUUCAACUACGCCCUUUACAACACCAAGAAGGCGAAAAUCAUUUAGCAUUAGUCGAUAGCGCUACUGGCCAGUAUGUGCUGAAUGGAAAUUGGAGCAUCACACGAUACUACAAAGAGAUCAACUAUGAAGGUGUCACUAUUUCAUAUACCGGAUCAAAUAUAUCCGUUGAAAGAAUUAAUACUUCGGAGCCACUACGUAAAGAUUUAAGCUUGGAAGUACUUGGCAUGCGUAAAUUGAUCCCACCAGAGAUCACUUGCGAAUACACUGUUCCUAUCUCGCCGCAAAAUUAUUUCAGUUGGCAAGUUGCUGAGAAAUGGACUCCGUGUAACAAAGUUUGCGAAGGCAAAAAACAUAAAAUUAUUCGCUGUAUUAGAAGAGAUACUAAUAAUCAGGUUUCGGAUGAAUCAUGCGUUGGAUUACCUAAACCAAAAGCGGAAAUUGAAGACUGCAAUGAACAUUGUGUUUUAAGGUGGAAUGUGAUUAGUCAAUCAGAAUGUUCAUCACUCUGUGGUGUUGGAUAUCGCAAUGUAACUUUUGGCUGUCUCCAAGUAUUCAACGAUAAUAUAUAUUAUAAGAUCCCAAAUAAACAACUUCCUCCAAUAGAAUGUCAGCAUAUUCAAAAACCAUCAGAAAAGCAAUCCUGUUAUGGUAACUGUGAUACUUAUCAUUGGAAGUAUGGGGAAUGGCGAUCGUGUAACGUUAGCUGUGGUAAUGGCAUCCAGACACGUGAAGCAACUUGUGUCGAUGAAUUUCAACGCAUUGUUGAGGAUGCAAAAUGCGCAAACAGUGAGAAAAUUGUGGAAAAUGUGUGCAUUUUGCAGAAAUGUCCACUAUGGUCAACCAGUGAAUGGUCUAGGUGCUCCGUGACUUGUGGUCUUGGUCACAGGUCCAGAAACGUUCGUUGCCAGCAAGGAAAUCAAAUAGUUGGUUCAUACUUGUGUGACAGUAAUAAGAAACCUGCGCACGUUGAACAGUGUCAAAUGCCUGCUUGCACUACCCCUGUUCCUAAAACAACUGAAGUACCCCUUCCUUUGUGGACAGCAGGAGCCUGGUCUGAUUGUUCAGUCAGUUGUGGAAUCGGUUAUAGAACGAGAAUGGUGCGAUGUAACCGUGCUGAUCAGAACCUCUGUUCAGAUACAUCAGACAAACCAGCCACACAGCAAACUUGCUUUUUACCUGAUUGCUCAACUACAACAACUCAGAGUAAUGAAAUAAUCCCUCAACACUACAACAGUUUCUUUCCACCUGCUCUGUUCAAAUGGGUUCCUGAAGAUUGGCAACCAUGUUCAACGAGCUGUGGUAUUGGUGAAAAGACACGAGUUGUAAGAUGUUACAGUAUGAGGAGCAAAUCUUUUGUAGAUUCUUUCUACUGCAAUCGCCGUGAUAUGCCAAAAUCAUCAGAAUCAUGUUCACUGCCUCCUUGCCCAGUCCCUCUAGCUGAAUGGAAAACCACAGAAUGGAGUCAAUGUUCAUCAAGUUGUGGAUAUGGCAUCUCAGUCAGAAAUGUGUGGUGUGAAAUGAAUUCAGUACAAGUUGAAGAAAAUUAUUGCAUUCGAUUUACUAAACCCGAUAAAACAGUUCCCUGUGAUAACACUAAAAAUUGUCAAUCCACCGCUGCUGAUGCCUAUAGUUCUACCAUUGCCAUCACUACUGCCUCACUAAAAGCAUCAACUUCUGCUCAGACAUCACUGCCAGAACCACUGCCACCUACAUUUACAUUUAAUCGCUCAGUUUGGCGUCCUGGAAAAUGGGGAGAGUGUUCCAGAUCUUGUGGUAGUGGUUGGAAAAUAAGACCUGUUGUCUGCUAUGAUGAAAAUGGCAGUGAAGCCUCUGACUGUGAUAUUUCAUCUAGACCAUUAACUUCAAUGACUUGCAAUGUAGAACCUUGUGAAAAUUUGAUGGCACGCAGACAAAUGCCAAAGCAAAUAUAUCGUUGGACAAUUUCUGAUUGGACACCUUGUUCAGUGACCUGUGGAAUUGGUGUUCAAAAACGAACAGUGCAAUGUGAAAGAGUACUGGCAUCUGCCACACAAUUUGACCCAGAGAAAUCAAUUGUUUCUGACGAAUACUGCAGUGAAAUCAGUCAGCCAUUAGUUACACUUCAACAAGAAUGCAAACUGAAUUACUGUUCAGAUGAUUACAUUUGGGUUCCUGAAGCAUGGAGUGAGUGCAACGCUCCUUGUGGUGGUAAAGGAAAACAAAAAAGAAAAUUGGCUUGCUUCCAUUACAGUGGUAGAAAAGUGAAGAAAACACAUUGUAGGUUCAAGCACCGGCCCAUUCGUAGACGCCAUUGUACAUUAUACAAGUGCGAGCCAAGCAGUUGUGAAGAAGUUAAACGAAAAUUCAAAUUAUAUGUCGAUCGUGAAUAUCCUUUGAACAUUCUGGGAAGAAAUAUUUCCAUUUACUGCCACCGAAUGUGGUCUGAUUCUCCAGCCGAAUAUCUAACCUUACCAAUAAACUCCGAUAAUGAAAAUUAUUCAGAAUUUUUUGCCAAAAGCACAACCUCCAGCACAUCAAAUGUCAAAGGAUGUUUCGAACCAGUUGAAAGUUAUGCCAAUGCGAAGCGAUCGUGUCCUUGUAUGAAAGAAUCCACAUUCAAGAGUGGGAAAACAUCAUUUCAAAAGUUAAGACUGAACAUCACCACACUAGAAGUGAAUACACAUGAUUUCACCUUCACUAGACAAAUUUAUGGAUCAGCAGUACCUUUUGGAGAAGCAGCUGACUGCUACAGCAUGCUGAGUUGUGCUGGAGGAUCCUUUAGUGUAAAUCUCAAAGGGACAGGUCUUCGAAUAUCUUCAUCUACUUCAUGGACCAAAACUGGAGUAAACGCUUCUAUGGAAAUCUAUCCAUCUAAUGAGAAUCGUAAAGUGGUUGCAAAAUGUGCUGGAUAUUGCGCAGCCUGUAAACCAGCUCGUAGCAGCUUGAAACUUGAUAUUUUGCCUCCCUAAGUUCCAUACAUUUGCAGCAUCUUCAAAUUCAAAGCCAUAUAGAGUCAGUUUUCUAUUACAUUUAUGGGAAAAAGUCGCUUAUGGGAUGGAUGCGCCAAUUUAUGCAUUUAUAUAUGUCUGCAACAUAACAAUAGCUAAGCUUACAUGUCAUCAUGGGUCUCUUAAUAUUUAAGUUAUUUUAUAGCCAAGACUAUGUGUACCAUAUGUAUGCUGUAAAUUCAGUCAUAUUUUUAUGUGCUUGACCUUGACUCAUGUACUUACUUUUAUAUAAGUAUGUAAUUGUAUCUAAUUUGUGUACUUAUAGUAGUUAGGUAGGUACUUUGCAGUUACUGAACCUAUUCCUAUUUUAAGGAUUGCGACAUUUUGGUCUUGUUUUCUCAUCUUAGGUCUCUCAAGUAAUCUAGUCAUAAUACAUUCGUGACAACAAGACAAUUUGACGCAGCAUUCUUUUUAAAAAAAGUGAAUUUAUUCAUGGAAACGAAAAUGCAAAUUUUUCAAUCAUCUGUUCACACUUUGCUAUCUAUUAGUCUCAAUCCCGAGUAGGUAUAUGUGAGUAACUAUAGCAAUAAGGUGUGCAAUUAGAAACAAAUAGUGGACUCUAUCUAACCGGAAAAUGAUGGGAUCUGAUUAGGUCUGGUCAGAUCCAAACUUUGAUUUGACUAGAUCAUUAGAAUGAAUUCUAGGUAAUCAGAUCAAAUUGGUCCAACAAUUCUAGGAGAACAAAUGGAAUGACUUUUAUAGGAUCUACAUAGUUAGAUCCAAUUGAAACUUUGAUCUGACCAGAUUUGAUUCAAGUGUCAUCAGGUCAAAUGGGAUCUAGGAAAUGUCCAAAUCCAAUCAGGUCUGAUGACAUGCAAUCAUUUUCCAUUAUUUAUCCCAACUUUACAUGAGGGUCGCACUGACACAGAUAAUGAAAAUUGGGUGAUUAGGUAGAUAAAUAAAAGGGAUCGACUAGCAGGUUUUGAUAGUCUAAUGUGAAUUAGGUAUAAUUUGUUCAAUGUAUUGCGAGUGUUUACUGUUUACGUAUAACGUAAGUCUACACUUAUUAAUGAUAUAUUUUUUAUUCUGACAUUAUUCUAAGAAGUAUAUUUUGUAUUACAAGUUACCUAUCUAUCAGCCUGCCAGCCUGCCUGCUCCUCUUUAGGUUCCAGUAUGUAAUCUUAUUGUUUUUAUAUUGAAUUUUUUAUGCAUGCUAUUGAGUACCAAAAUUACUUUUUUUAAUUUGAGCAACGUUGUAAUUCGUUGAAAAUCAGCUUCUAGAGGUACUCGAUAUUAUGAACUGUAUAAAUUCAUUAUAUUUUUCAUAUCUCUCUGUGUGUGUAUGAAGUAUGAAUGUGUCCCUAAUACGCAAAUAGGUACGUAAUAAGUAUUAUAAAUGUGUUUGGAAUUGUUUUUUUUUUGUUAUUUUAUUACCUAGUUUAUCUACUAACUGAAAUACUGCAUUUUGCAUUAACGUUUACCUAAUUUUAAGAGUAUGAAAAAUUUUAGUCACAUUCUAGAUCUAGUUGUUAUUUACAUAUGUGUAGAGAAUAUAAAGAGAUAAGUACCUAUUUAUUAAUGAAUAAUGUACUUCAGCCUUCAUAUGUGCCUGUGGUUUUUUUGUGUACCUAUAAAACUUUUUUUACUCUUU